AGAAAUAAAUAUAACCUAUUUUGGUGUAAAAAAAAGAAACAAAUAUUUAAUCUUCUUAACUCGGUUUUCAAAAUUGAUUGGUAAUAUUGCGAUUUUAGUAUGAUGUAAUGGAUGAAUUCAUAAAUACGCAACAGGGACAUAAAUAUGGUACCUGUUUAUGCUUCUCGGUGAUGGGCCGUAAAAAGUUUCGUAUCUCGCAGAUCUUGUCUGUCGAGGUGUGCGCAAUUAGUGCCUCCCCGGAAGCGGGCGAUGCGCCCAUCAGUGUUACAUCGUCGAGGAGAAAAUACUCCACGAUUUCCAGAACAAGAGACUCAAGAAAUUUCCUUUCGCGACGAGAUAAGAAUCGGAUUAUUCGACAUGCUUCAAUAGUACCAUCGAAUUUGAUUAAUGUCGCGAGAAAUUAUGAAGGCAAUAGUCCUUUACGAAAGCCGUGCAAUAUUGAAAGUGAAGUAGAUUAUUAUGGAUUUUCCUAUUACAGAACAGACGGCUUUCAAGAUGCUGUUCUGGUGAAAGAUGUAGGCAUAUCCUGCAACCUUUUAAACAAAAAUACGGUCGAGUCUGAUAUAUCAAUUUCAGGGAUUGAAAACUAUCUCAUUAAACAGCUUAAACUCGAGUACAAUGAAUUAUCGAAUAUUACAAAAAAACUAAAUAUGUAUACCAAGGAUGUUUGGAAUAACUUAUCAUUAAGAUGUAGAAGAAAAGAGCAACUCCUUGAAAAAUUACAUGUAGCUUCGAAGCGUGUAAUGGCAAUACAAUGUACAGAUGAAAUAGGAAAUCCCUGCUUAAAGUUAAGAUCUCGCAAUGAUACAAAGAGAAAAUGUGGAUCAUCCGAUAUUGAUUUAGAUAAAAGUACUGUUAGAAAGGAAAUUACUCGAAAGAAAAUGCAUGGAAAUAAUAAUACGGAAAAACGAUGUGUAGAGUUUAAUAAAGCUUUCGCGAAAGGAUUUCUCGAACUCUCGUCGAAAUGCAGUGGCGUGUUGCUUCGUAAUUAUCUGAUAAUGAAAAGAGAGAAAGUAUCUAAUAAUGCGUCAAAGGCUCGUUUAGGUAAAACCGGAAAUUUCUCACUCUCUGGUAAAUUGUGCGAGGAUCAUGCAACGGAUAGAUCUCCUAAAUGCUUUUACGCAAGCAAAUGCAAUCCUCUGGUAUUCACCAAUUGGCAGGAAAUAUCCAAACAACAAAAUUACAAAUCCAAAAGUGCGUUUACCAUUGAUACUUCCGAGUUGCGACGAACAGUCAAUCGCAUUUGACAC